CUGGGGGCGGGACUGAUAGGUCCGACAGGCACACUAAAGAAAGGCGAGGAUAUCCAUUAAUACGAUGGCUGCGAUCAGAAAGAAGCUCGUGAUAGUCGGUGACGGCGCCUGCGGCAAAACCUGUCUCCUCAUCGUGUUCAGCAAAGAUCAGUUCCCCGAGGUUUAUGUGCCCACAGUGUUUGAAAACUAUGUGGCAGAUAUUGAGGUGGACGGUAAACAGGUGGAGCUGGCUCUUUGGGACACAGCGGGUCAGGAGGACUACGACCGCCUGAGGCCUCUCUCCUACCCAGACACAGAUGUCAUCCUCAUGUGUUUCUCCAUCGACAGCCCUGACAGUUUGGAGAAUAUUCCAGAGAAGUGGACUCCCGAGGUCAAGCACUUCUGCCCCAACGUGCCCAUUAUUCUCGUGGGAAACAAGAAAGACCUGCGAAAUGACGAGCACACGCGGCGGGAGCUGGCUAAGAUGAAACAGGAGCCAGUGAAGUCAGACGAGGCGAGGGACAUGGCUAACCGGAUCAAUGCCUUUGGUUACCUGGAGUGCUCGGCCAAGACGAAGGACGGCGUGCGGGAGGUGUUCGAGAUGGCCACCAGGGCAGCGCUGCAGGCCAAGAGGCGAGGCAAGAAGGGCGGCUGCCUCCUGCUAUAGAGUGUCGGUCACACAGGAUCGGGAGGGGAGGGAGACACAAACCAGGCCAAAAAAAAUAAAUCAACAUCCCUCCUCCGUGUCUGCUUCGACACCAAGGUGGGCACAAUUGAACGGGGUGUUAUGAGGAGAAGAGUCAACCCGGGCUUAAGGGGAAAGAAGGAAGGUCGAAUGCAAUGGGAAAGGGAGUAUAUACAUUUAUGUACAAGGUUAUAGCUUUUAGCUUUCAGAUGAAAAUACUGUCAUCUUGUGUUUAGGAUUCUUUAGACAUGACAUUAUUAGGAGAAUGCGAAGAGAAGCGAAUAUUGCUCUCACUCGUACUUUUUAAAGGAGUGGGAGGGUGUGAAGGGUUUCUGUUCUGAACCAUAGCGCUGUGGUUUGAGGGUUGAGACCAGUUCACCCCAGAUGCAUGCCUGCCUAACUAACUGUGGGGGGACUUCCAGGGCCUGCAGCGGGACCGUGCUGGUCUUUCCUUCUCCUUCAUUCCCGUGGGGAAACAUAACCCAACUUUCCGUUUUAUCAACCUGUAGUCUUUCAUAUAGAAUUCCAUUCAUUUAAAGAGCUGAUUUUAAUUGUUGGCGUCUGAGCGUAAUGAGACCAACUUGUUUGAGUGUUUUGUACAAGCUUGUUAAUGAAUGUAACACUUAACAAAUGGAGAUUAAGUUAACCUCUACUUUCAAUCAGAAAACUGUGAUUGAAUUGGCGUGGACGGUCAGACGCACUGUAUACAGUUGGGUAUUAAAGGGUUAAAAAGUGGUUUGAUCCUCCUAACAGUAACUGCUAACUUUAGGAGGAAGCCUCCUUGAUUUCUGAUUUGCUCCCGUUUUAAUUGACUUUUAAUGCAAACUCAACACCUUGGCCAUGUUUCCCCAUUGUCUUCAUAUCAUUUCUACUGCACCAUUUCCCUUUCACUACACUUAGCUUCAUGCCGGAGUUUCUCUUUCUAACACAAAUGCUGUUUCCACUUACUAAUUAGUCACUUUGCUGUUCUUUUCCCCUUAGUGUUGUUUAGCCACCAUCAAUGAAACGCUACACUUUAUGUACAGAUUUUACUUUGAAAUCCUUCCAUCAGGUCAUAGGAUGUCCUCUAGUUACCGGUAUGCUUUUAAUUUGAAACAUUUACAGGAAGUGGAGUUUCAGAGGCAGUAACUUAACAGCAAUAACAAAAACUGCAACAUGGAAGCAACUGUUUUUCUGUUAUGAUUAUGACGUGACUGAUACAUUAUACUGAAUUUAAGCAUGCGAGACAUGAUAGUACAGUAACUCCACCCUCAGUGUUUUAACCCAGCCCUUAUUUGUUGUCCAGCUGUUGUUGGACACUCCCAUUAUUUAAAUACCAGCUUUUAUUUUGAAAGUUCUGGUGUCGCUCAAUGCCAGGCUGUUAUCAGAAGUGUGUUUCGUUUCCACUCUGCCUGUUCACUCGUGAUGUCUACAACUAUUCUUUUAUUUCUGCCUCUUUUUCUGUUGUAUGUUAUUUGAACUACGUGAUAUUCUACUGCCUUAUGUUGUAUUGUUUGCACACAGCUUAAAACUAAAAUGUCAGUGUGGUAUACACACUUUGAAAAAAUUAUGAAAUACAAAAUGCAAGCAACUCCUAAAGGAUUGGUUAUUUGAAAGAGGACUAUUGUUUUGUAUCCUCACAUUUCACCAGUCAUCUUUUUUUAAUGUAUUCUAAAGGAAAUAAAUUGUAACUGAGAAUGACCA